GUUGGAAGUUUUUCAGACCAUUAUAUGAAAAUGCUGCUGAUUUUUUUCCUCAUAAUAAUUUGUUCCCAUGUUUCUGUGAACCAGGACUCUGGCCCUGAGUAUGCAGAUGUUGUGUUUCUGGUGGACAGCUCUGAUCACCUGGGAGCUAAGUCCUUUCCAUUUGUGAAAGCAUUCAUCAACAAAAUGAUCAACAGUCUCCCCAUAGAGGCCAACAAAUACCGGGUGGCCCUGGCCCAGUACAGCAACAAACUCCACAGUGAAUUCCAACUGAGCACCUUCAAGAGCAAGAACCCCAUGUUGAACCAUCUCAAGAAGAACUUUGGGUUCAUUGGUGGAUCCCUGCGGAUAGGAAAUGCCCUUCAGGAGGUUCACAAGACCUAUUUUUCUGCACCCACAAAUGGAAGAGACAAAAAACAGUUUCCUCCCAUCUUGGUGGUCCUAGCUUCGGCCGAGUCUGAAGAUGAUGUAGAAGAGGCAGCUAGGGCCCUGCGGAAUGAUGGGGUGAGAAUUGUCUCUGUGGGAAUGCAGAGAGCUUCUGAGGAAAACCUGAAGGCCAUGGCCAUGCCUCAGUUUCAUUAUCACCUUCGUACAGCCAGAGACCUCAACACAUUUUCCCAAAAUAUGACGCAGAUCAUCAAGGAUGUAACCCAGUACAAGGUAGCAGAAGCCAAAGAUGUCCUUGUAGAAGUUUGCCAAGGCCUUUCUGUGGCUGACGUUGUAUUCCUAUUGGAUGUGUCCAUCAAUGGUAGCCAGGAGAAUUUUGACUAUCUUAAAGACUUCCUGGAAGAGAGUGUCUCUGCUCUUGACAUAAAGGAACAUUGCACGAGGGUUGGCCUUGUGGCCUAUAGUAAUGAGACAACAGUGAUCAAUUCAUUGAGCAGAGGCAUAAAUAAGUCAGAGGUUCUCCAGCACAUACAGAACCUGUCUCCCAAGUAUGGAAAGGCCUACACUGGAGCUGCCAUCAGGAAGAUCAAGAAGGAAGUCUUCAGUGUACGGGAUGGCAGUCGGAAGAAUCAAGGGGUGCCUCAGAUUGCAGUGCUGGUGACACAUAGACCAUCCGAAGACAAUGUGACCAAGGCAGCUGUGAACCUCCGGCGUGAGGGUGUGACCAUCUUCACCAUGGGCAUAGAGGGGGCCAGUGACACACAGCUGGAAAAGAUAGCUUCUCAUCCGGCCGAGCAGUACGUCUCGAAACUGAAAACAUUCCCUGACCUGGCCGCCCAUAACCAGACUUUCUUGAAGAAGCUGAGGAAUCAAAUAACACACACAGUUUCUGUCUUCUCUGAACGGACAGAAACCCUCAAAUCAGGUUGUGUGGACACGGAAGAAGCUGACAUCUAUCUGCUCAUCGAUGGCUCAGGGAACACCCAGCCCACCGACUUCCAAGAAAUGAAGACAUUUCUGUCAGAGAUUGUAGGGAUGUUCAACAUCGCUCCCCAUAAGGUGCGGUUUGGAGCAGUCCAGUACGCCGACACCUGGGACUUGGAAUUUGAGAUCAAUAAAUACUCAAACAAGCAUGAUUUGGGAAAGGCCAUUGAGAACAUUAGGCAGAUGGGUGGCAAUAUAAAGACAGGUGCGGCCCUGAAUUUCACUCUGCAGCUGUUGCAAAAGGCAAAGAAACAGCGAGGAAAUAAAGUGCCAUGUCACCUUAUUGUCCUAACAAAUGGCAUGUCCAAGGAUAGUAUCUUGGAGCCCUCGAACAGACUGAGAGAAGAGCACAUCAAUGUUUAUGCUAUUGGGGUCAAGGACGCCAACCAAACGCAGCUGCGUGAAAUUGCAGGCGAGGAAAAGAGAGCAUACUACGUGCAUGACUUUGACUCUUUGAAAGACAUAAGAAACCAAGUUGUUCAAGAAAUCUGCACUAAAGAAGCCUGUAAAGAGAUGAAAGCCGACAUCAUGUUUCUCGUGGACAGUUCUGGUAGUAUAGGACCUGAAAACUUCAGCAAAAUGAAAACAUUUAUGAAAAACCUGGUGAGCAAAUCUCAGAUUGGUGCCGAUCGGGUACAAAUUGGUGUCGUCCAGUUCAGCGACAUCAAUAAAGAGGAGUUUCCACUCAACAAAUUCAUGUCCCAUAGUGAAAUUUCAGAUGCAAUAGAUCGUAUGCCACUCAUUGGAGAAACUACUAUGACUGGCAGCGCCCUGACCUUUGUGUCUCAAUACUUCAGUCCCGCCAAGGGGGCCCGGCCCAAUGUCAGGAAGUUUCUCAUCCUCAUCACGGAUGGCCAAGCUCACGACAUAGUAAAGGACCCAGCAGUGGCACUUCGGCAAAAAGGUGUCAUUAUCUACUCUGUAGGGGUGUUUGGUUCCAAUGUUACCCAGCUCGAAGAGAUCAGCGGGAAGCCGGAGAUGGUUUUUUAUGUUGAAAAUUUUGACAUUCUGCAGCACAUUGAAGAUGAUCUUGUUUUUGGAAUUUGCAGCCCCCGUGAAGAAUGCAAACGGAUUGAAGUUUUGGAUGUUGUGUUUGUGAUCGAUAGCUCCGGCAGCAUUGACCAUAAUGAGUAUAAGAUCAUGAAGGACUUUAUGAUAGACUUGGUGAAAAAAGCUGAUGUUGGCAAGAAUCACGUCCAGUUUGGUGCUCUGAAGUAUGCUGAUCACCCAGAGGUGCUUUUUUAUCUCGACAAAUUUAGCACCAAAGGGGAGGUGAUUUCCAUGAUCCAGAAUGACCAACCCAUGGGGGGCAAUACUUACACUGCUGAGGCACUAAGCUACUCAGAUCACAUGUUCACCGAAGCCAGGGGCAGCCGCCUACACAAGGGUGUCCCCCAGGUUCUCAUUGUGAUCACUGAUGGGGAAUCCCAUGAUUCAGAUAAACUCAAUGCCACAGCAAAGGCCUUGAGGGACAAGGGCAUUCUUGUCCUGGCUGUGGGAAUUGCUGGUGCCAAUCCUGUGGAGCUGUUAGGCAUGGCAGGGUCAAGUGACAAGUACUACUUUGUGGAGACUUUUGGAGGCCUGAAGGGGAUAGUUUCAGAUGUGUCAGCCAGUGUCUGCAACUCUUCAAAAGUCGAUUGUGAAAUUGAAAAGGUAGAUCUUGUUUUCCUUAUGGAUGGCUCUAAUAGUAUUCAACCACAUGAUUUCAAGAAGAUGAAGGAAUUUUUGGUAUCUGUGGUUCAAGACUUUGAUGUCAGCCUCAACAGAGUGCGUAUAGGAGUGGCCCAGUUUAGUAAUAUCUAUCGCCCAGAGUUUUCACUGGGAACUUUCACAGGUGAAAAGAUUGCAUUGCAAAUUCAAAACAUCGAACAGAUCUUCGGGUUCACUCACAUCGGCGCUGCUCUCCGGCAGGUGGAACAUUACUUCCGGUCGGACAUGGGCAGUAGGAUCAAUGUAGGUACCCCACAGGUGCUGCUGGUCCUCACUGAUGGACAAUCCCAAGACGAGGUGGCUCAGGAUGCAGAAAACCUGAGACAGAAGGGUAUCGACAUCUACUCCGUGGGCAUCGGGGAUGUGGAUGACCAGCAGCUCAUUCAGAUCACUGGGACCGCAGAGAAAAAACUAACGGUGGAUAAUUUCGACGAACUCAGCAAGGUCAAAAAAAGAAUAGUUCGCAACAUCUGUACCUCGGGCGGUGAGAGUAAUUGUUUUGUGGACAUCGUGGUGGGAUUUGACAUCUCAACUCAGCAGAAAGGGCAACAUUUGCUUGAAGAUCAGUCUUGGAUGGGAACCUAUCUUCAAAACAUCUUACGUGCGGUCAGCUCCCUCAAUGGGUUAAGUUGUGAAGUGGGAACAGAGACUCAGGUUAGUGUCGCUUUUCAAGUGACAAAUGCCAUGGAAAAAUACUAUCCCAAGUUUGAGAUCUACAGUGAAAAUAUCUUGAACAGCUUGAAGAAUGUGAUAGUUAAAGAGCCAUCUCUUCUCAAUGCAAACCUCUUGAGUUCACUGUGGGAUACAUUUCAGAAUAAAUCAGCUGCUCGAGGAAAGGUGGUUCUUUUAUUUUCAGAUGGAUUGGACGGUGAUGUUGAAAAACUUGAACAAAAGUCUGAUGAACUCAGAAAAGAAGGCCUGAACGCACUCAUAACUGUUGCUCUGGAUGGAACUGCUCAUUCAAGUGACCUGGACAAUCUUAUGUACAUUGAGUUUGGAAAAGGAUUUGAGUACAAAACACAGCUGACUAUUGGAAUGAAAGAUCUCGGGAGCUUGCUGUCAAAGCAGCUGGUUAAUGUUGCUGAAAGAACAUGCUGCUGUUUGUUUUGCAAGUGCAUUGGAGGAGAUGGCACAAUGGGGAAUCCUGGAACACCAGGGAAAAAGGGACUGCCCGGUUUUAAAGGCAGUGAAGGCUACCUGGGAGAAGAGGGCAUUGCUGGAGAAAGAGGAGCCCCUGGACCAGUGGGAGAGCAAGGUACUAAAGGAUGCUAUGGUGCCAAAGGUCCUAAGGGAAACAGGGGAUUCGCUGGACAGAAGGGUGACGCUGGGGAAAGUGGAAUUUAUGGAUUAAAUGGAGAACAGGGUGACAGUGGUCUUCCUGGAAGAAAAGGAGAAAUCGGUGAUGAAGGAUCCCAGGGCAUUCCAGGGAAGAAAGGGAUUUCUGGUGACCAUGGAGCAAAGGGCCUGCAGGGAGACCCUGGAGUUCCUGGAUUUGACAAUAAUGUACAAGGAUCCAAGGGCUUCAAAGGAGAAAAUGGAAGACAAGGUAGAAGAGGCUGGCCAGGCCCCCCUGGAACACCAGGCUCCAGAAGAAAAACAGCAACUCAUGGCCAAAGGGGACACACAGGCCCACAGGGGAACAGCGGAGUCCAAGGCCCCGAUGGACUUGAAGGGUCUCUGGGAUUAAAGGGGCCUCAGGGUCCAAGAGGAGAUGUUGGUGUGAAAGGAGAAAAAGGAAGUCUUGGAAGUAAAGGUCCCCAGGGAGCUCCAGGACCAGGAGGAAAAGACGGGAGUCAAGGCCAUUUGGGAAUCCAAGGAAAUAAAGGUGACGAUGGCAGUCCAGGGUAUGGUAGAGUUGGGACUAAAGGUGCAAAGGGCCAAGAAGGAUUCCCUGGAGAGAGUGGACCUAAGGGUGAGAUUGGGGAGCCUGGUGAUCCAGGAGAAAGUGGAACCAAGGGACUUAGAGGCAAAAUGAUAUCUGCUGGGCGUCCUGGAGAGCUGGGAUCCCCUGGGGAGCCAGGACCCCCUGGAAGAAAGGGCGUGAAAGGAGCCAAAGGAUGGGCUUCAUUUUCCACAUGUGAGCUUAUCCAGUAUGUGCGGGAUCACAGUCCUGGUGGACAUGGAAAACCUGAAUGCCCUGUGCAUCCAACCGAAUUGGUGUUUGCCUUAGACCAGUCCCGGGACGUCACCGAGCAGGAUUUUGCACAAAUGAAGGCCAUGAUCUCCUCAGUCGUGAGAGAAAUUAAAGUCCGGGAGAACAGUUGUCCUGUGGGAGCACGCAUUGCCAUUCUAUCCUAUAAUUCCUACACCAAGCACCUCAUCCGCUUUUCAGAUGCCUACAAUAAGAACCAACUUCUCAGGGAAAUUGAAGCUAUUCCUUAUGAGAGAUCCACAGACAGCAGGGAGAUCGGCAAAACAAUGAGGUUUAUUUCCAGGAAUGUCUUCAAGCGAACACUCCCAGGGGCCCACACGAGAAGAAUCGCCACAUUUUUUAGCAAUGGCCACUCUGCUGAUGUCCAGUCCAUCACCACAGCCACCAUGGAAUUCAGUGCCCUUGACAUAGUGCCCAUAGUGAUCGCUUUCAGAAACACGCCUUCUGUCAGGCGUGCAUUUGCGAUCGAUGACACUGGCACAUUCCAAGUAGUAAUGAUUCCUUCGGGGGCUGACUACACGCCAGCACUAGAAAGCCUUCAGCGGUGCACUUUCUGCUACGACAUAUGUAAUCCAGAUCCUUCUUGUGAUCAAGCCAGACCACCCCCUGUGCAGUCUUACAUGGAUGCUGCUUUCCUGCUGGAUGGCUCCCGGAAUGUGGGAAGUGCUGAAUUUGAAGACAUCCGAGUUUUCACAGGAGCCCUGUUAGAUCACUUUGAAAUCACCCCUGAGCCCAUGACCUCCAUCACUGGAGAUCGAGUAGCCCUGCUGAGCCAUGCUCCCCCUGACUUCCUACCCAACACUCAGAAGAGUCCGGUUCGUUCUGAGUUCAACCUUACCACCUACAGCAGUAAGCGCCUCAUGAAGAGGCACCUGAAAGAAUCAGUUCAACAACUCAAUGGAGACACUUUCAUUGGCCAUGCCUUGCAGUGGACUCUGGACAAUGUCUUUUUAAGUACGCCCAACUUAAGAAGAAACAAAGUCAUAUUUGUGAUAUCUGCUGGAGAAACCAGUUACUUAGACAAGGAAAUCUUAAAGAAGGAAUCCUUGCGAGCCAAAUGCCAGGGAUAUGUCCUGUUUGUGUUUUCCCUUGGCCCUGCUUGGAAUGACAAGGAACUGGAAGAUCUAGCCAGCCUCCCUUUGGAUCACCACUUGCUCCAGCUUGGCCGAAUUCAUAAACCUGACCACAGAUAUGGUGUGAAGUUUGUGAAGUCCUUUAUAAAUUCAAUCAGGCGUGCAAUCAACAAAUAUCCACCAAUAAACUUCAAAACGAAAUGCAACAGACUCCCCUCUAUGGAUCCACAGCAGCCUCUUGGACAGUUGCGAAGCUUUGUUCCUGGACCACAUAAAACUGCCCUCAAGAAAGAUGCUUUACAGGAGAGAAACAUUUUUCAAGAUAAAAAAUAUCUUUUAAGAACAACAAGAGAUGGCAAAGAUGAUGUUGUUCAAAAUUUUACCAGAAGCACAUCCCAUAUCUUUAAAAAUGGGAAAAAAAGGGUGAUAAAAACUGCUUCCAAAGGACAUGAUGAAGGAAGUACUCAAACAAUUUAG